AUGUCCAGCGACAUGAGCACCAAUGUGAUUACCAUAAAGAAUCUAAGCGCCUUCGACCUUCAGAAGCAGCAAAGGCAGCCGCAUGAGCAACAUGAGCAACAGCGGCAACAGCAACAACAGCAGCAGCAGCAGCGAGAACAACAACUUUCACGUAUUGGCCAAUAUCAGCCACUCAAAAGUCGCUCCCCUGCCGGCUUCAUCCCCGCCAUCACCACUUGCAUUAACCCAAAUGUCGCAGAUCCCGGCUGUCCAGGACACCAGGGGCUCGGACGCAGCAUGGGUCUGGGACUGGGCAACGGUUUGGUAUGUACUACGAGCCUGCCUUCCGGCGGAAGUUGCUCAGGCGGUGGUGGCAGUGGCGAGCCCGAGAGCAAUGCCUCCGGCACAAGUGCUAGCAGUGGCACGGCUUCGGCCACCACCAUGGCGACAACGGUCAGCCCUUUGGCGCCUGGAGGUCUGACGUCUUCGACUACCUCAUACAGCCACCAGGCACCUUUAAGGCCGCCACCGCCACCGCCACCUCCUUCCGUCUUGGCUCCUCCCCCACCGUCUUCCCUCUAUACACCCGUCUCUAUGGGCUUUUUCGCCUCGCCCACCUCGAACGGUAGCCCUCAGCCGCUGUCCAACCGUCUCGUGGAUACAGACUCCACGUCUCCGGGCCCGAUGAACACAGGCUCAAUCUACAGUCAAGCCAGUCUUUGUCAGUCAGGCAAGCCGCUUUCGUGCGCGAUCGCCCAGUUACCGUUGCCCAAUUGCCCUGGCGGAGGUGACAACGGCCCUGGGGCUGUCGGCUACAUGAAUGGCCCACCGAGGAGUCUGCUCUCUCACGGCCCGUUGCCACCGCUGCCGCCUUCGGUGCCGGGCGCCACCGGGCUGUUGGCCUACGAAAUGGCUCUUCCUACAGCAGCAAACCUUCGUUCCCCACAACUGUCUACGCCACCACCACCUCCAGUGUCCUCCUUACUGCCACCACAGCAACCACCACCGCCGCCCCCACCGAAUCCACCCGCGUCCGCGCUUAGUCUGGAGGCCGUGUAUCCCAGCCUCGCGUAUGCCACCCCGCCUCCUACCUCUCCAGUCUCCAGCAUGAGUCCCAGUGGACUCCAUCUGAUGGGCCCCAAUUCGCCGGCCAGAUUUGAAGCUCGAAUGUUGUGUACGGCGUACGUGCCUUCGUUGCCGCCGCCACCGCCGCCCUUGUCAUCUCCUCUCACUGUUGGAUACCACUCAGCUGGUGGGGCUGGUCUGCACCAGCAGCAGCAGAACAUAAUCACAUCGAUGUUGGCGCAACAGCAACAGUACCAGCAACAGCAACAACAAGCCCACCACGCGGGACUUUUAGGGAUGUAG